GGUAGCUGACAAUUUCUAUUGGUGUGAUGGAUGCACUGUACCCCGUUGGAUGCUAUAGGAAUUGUAUAUGGAAAGCUGCAGUCCAAAUUCCAAGUGUCAAGUAAAUCCAGCCUCCUUUGGAAAGCUUAUUCGGUUAGUUUUCCCAGGUCUGGGGACAAAAAGGCUGGGCACAAGAGGGAAUACCAGGUAUCAUGAUGGAAUAGCUAUCAGGAAUAACUCUUCCUUUUAUGCACGUUAUUGCUCUCUUCUGUCUGAAGAAAAUUAUCACAGGCACCGCUCUCCAGGAGAAGCCAGCAGCUCUGCCUGGCAGCCGAGCACCUCUGCGGGCACCGGUGGAAACGUCUGCAGUUGUGGAGAUGCAGCUGGUUACAAGAGCAAUAGCCAAAAAACCAGAAGAGAUUUGCACUGUUCCCCAUCUGUCAUUUAUCCGAAGACUGAACAAGAGACAUUUCAGUACUCCUGGCCUGAAUUCAGCAGAUUCUAUCUUUGGGAGCAAGAGCUAGGGAAGAAAUACCCCUACGAGAUGGUUGUACCGCUUGCCAAUGAGUACUACAGCCAUUGCCAAGAUAUUUGGCAUAUGGUGAGAAACAGCGAGCUUGACAAGGUGGAAGACUGCAUCAUGUCAUUCUGGAGGUCUCUGCAGCCUGAAAGAUUAGCAUUGAUGUCCUUGCCAGAUGUAUGCCAGCUGUUCAAAAACUAUGAUAGGCAACUAUUCAAGGAAAUGGAGAACAUCCUACUUCAUGAUUUCCUGGAGGAGGUGCCGGUGCAACACGUGAAGUCAAUCAGAUUGCUCAGUAAAAAUGCGGAACUUUGGCUGCUUAAUGCUUUGGGAAAGUUUCCAUUACCGCUCCAAACAUCCAAAUGUAACGAAGUUACAGUGUUUAUAAAAUGACUCACGAGAAAGACAGACCUUUCUAACUUGGCCAAGACAAUGCGAACAGUCUUGAACAGCAACAGCAAAGUCACUGUUCUGCGAUCAGACUUGCAUGCUGUCAUCCAUCAGGGAUUUCUGGAUGUGCCUGGAAACCUCUUUCAAAAGAAGUUUAGGAAUCUGGAGGAGCUGCAGAACAACAUAGAACUGAAAUGUUUGAACGACUUAAUGUCUUUGCUGGCAGCUUCCACAGAUAUUUGGGUUCUCCACUGUGUGUAUUCAAAUCUUCAGGCUUUUGUCAUUCAGCCAAGCAGAAGUAAAGAGGAGUUUAGAAAACUGGUCAAUUUCCAGUUGAGAUGGAACUUCCUACUGAGCGCAGUAAGCAAGGCUAUGACCCUCCACUACAGAGAUAGUUUUGGAUUUCGAGUUUUAGUGGACAAGGCUGAACCCGUUAUGCUAACAAGCCAUCUGGUGUAA